CAAUGUGACAGUUACCUAACCUCAAUCUACUCACAGGGUGUUUCUUUCGUUUUUCAUAAACCAACUGUUUAAUGCUGCCUAGCCCUUCGCUGUAUUCUUUUGCUAUUAAUGCUGCUAUCUUAUAUAGCCGCGGCAAUCUAACUGAUGGUUUUUCACUUUUAAACAUUUUACAUUACCUUUGGCCACUUUUUCUUCUUUCGGGAGCUUUUCCAGGAAUCACACCACACGUCAUCCACGGCUAUGAAAUGUCGAGUGUAACUGCUACCAACAGACUAUACAAUGUUCCUAAAUAUUUUAUUUGAAGAAAAAACCUAACUCUAGGGAUAUUUAUCGGGCUUCUACUGGAGACACUGUUGUUUUUAUGGGAGUAAUGAGAAUAGCGAGUGUCAAUAACACAGUGAUAUUUUCUGAUAUAUUUUCGUCUGUUGAUCAUUUCCAGAAUAUAUUUUCUUGUGAAUAUUUACAAAGUGUGCGAAUAGGAGCAUAAAGGAAACGACUCCAUACUGUAUGUUACUGCGACUAAGUGCACUCGUCUAGGUUCUACAAAAUACUGCUGCUUUGGAUAAUGUUUGGGUAGAGCUUCCAGAAAAUAGAGUAAGGAUGGCUCCAAUUCCUGCAGAGUAUCAGUUCGACUUCUGGGACACUGCCCCGCCUGAUAGGCCAGUAGAGGUUACUUGUCUCUUGCCCAAUGGAAUCAUUGUAUUGCUUACAGUUAAUAGCAAUGCUACCCUUGCUGAAAUCAAAGAGGAUCUAUGGGAAGAGGCAACUAAGUACCCUCUAUAUGGAAAACUACACGACAUGUCUGUCUAUAUUUUCACCUAUGUCAACUCUAUGGCAGAGAAAGAAAAGUUGACAGAUGAGUCAAAGAGGCUUUGUGAUAUCCGACCAAUAGGAGUAACUCUAAUUGUUACUGAGUGUAGGGGAGAAAAGGCUGAUGACUCCAUCAAUAUCACUAUUGGACAUCUGAUUGGGAAACGACUUCAAGAGUUUGAUGCUUUGAAUAGCAGUGAGAUAAAUGACUUUCGCUUCAAAAUGCGCAAGUUAGGCGAUGAAAUAGCUCAGAUACGCUCAAAGCAAACUUGGCUAGAGAAGCUACAUUAUCAGUUUCCGCCUAGGAUAGCCAAGCAUAGCUACAUUUUGAAAGAAACAUUGAAUGAGAAGAAAAAUAUCAAGAUUGCAUCAAAAUUUGACCAUGAGUGCAGUGUGUAUGACAUAAUGCAAAGCUCUUUUACGUUCAAUGUCUCACCCACCAUUUCUCCAAGGGAGUUAUUGGAAAUGAUCUUGGCUAAAAGAGCUACCAUAAUGAACAUUCGUACUGACAGGGCUAGUGAGUACAUAUUAAAAGUAUGUGGCCAGGAUGAGUUCUUAGUUGGUGACUUCCACAUUAUCGAGUUCCAGUAUAUACAGGAAUGUAUUUCGAAAGGAGUUACACCGACUUUGGUCACGUAUCAUGUAGACGAUGUGCCAGUGUUCAAAAUGAACGACUACGAAUGCCUGGAUCAUUUUGACAGUUCAAAGACGCGGACGACGUCAUACAGUAGCUCAAAUACCUUGAGAAAGAAAAAGAAUAUCAUAUGUUCUUGGAACAUCAAGGAGAAUUAUGUAGUGACGGUUUCUGUUGUUAGCAAACUCAAUUUGGAGCCUAAGAAGGGUUCUGAGAUUGGAAUUCAAGCUGGCAUUUUUCACGGCGGCAAGUCGCUGUGCCAACCAAAAAAGACUUCCGAUUUUCCUAUAGACGAAAAGCUAGAGUGCAAAAUGAGCUGCGAUUUGACAUUUGACAUAGAUGUGUGCAAUAUUCCUAGAAACGCCAAGUUGUGCUUUGUUGUGUAUGAGGUCAACAAAUACGCCAAAGGCACCAAGACGAAAAAGGGGAAAGAUUCUGGAAAGGACAAUUUGCCCAAUAAUCCACUAGCUUGGGCAAAUACGUCAGUGUAUGACUUCAAGGGACAAUUGAAAAGUGGGGCUAUGACUCUGUACAUGUGGGCUUUUGCCGAAGAUAUGAACUCAGAUGAUGCCUUACAUCCUUUGGGGACUGUCGUCAGCAAUCCUAAUACUGAGUAUUCUACUACUUUAACCCUGCAGAUUAAAAGUUAUGCAGCAGAUCAGCAAAUUUUGUACCCAUCAGUAGAAAUGAUGAUAAACCAUGCACAUGAGACUGAAAGUGGUAAAGAAAUGGAGGAAUAUCCAGAUGUUCAACAAUGCAAAAGACUGCUGGCCGAGAUGGACAACUUGUAUGAGGCCCAUGACCAGGAUCGUAAAAAUAUUUGGGCAUUGAAGUGUUACUGGCUAGAGAAUGAUUCCGCCGUACUUCCGAAACUGUUGUACUGUAUUGAUUGGGACAAACGAGAGGAGGUUAGCCAAGUGGUAGCAUUGUUACAACAAUGGCCCAAGUUGCCUGUAGAGAAGUCCUUAGAGCUUUUAGAUUACGCUUAUGCUGACCAGGAGGUCAGGAAAUUCGCCGUGGAGUGUCUUAAAGACGUUAGUGAUGAAGAUCUGCUGCUGUAUCUUCUUCAAUUAGUACAAGCUAUAAAGCACGAACUGUACCUAGAAUGUGAUUUAGUUAAUUUUCUAAUUAGGAGAGCUCUUAGUAAUCAGCAAAUUGGACAUUAUUUAUUUUGGCACCUAAGGUCGGAGAUGCAAGUUCCUGCGGUAUCAGUACGCUUUGGCCUUAUCCUGGAAGCAUACUGUCGAGGCACUCAAGAACACAUGAAGGUGCUGCAACGACAACUGGAAUGCUUAGAAAAGCUGAAAAAGUGUAGCGAUAUUGUAAGACAAUCCAGGGAUAAAGAAAAGGCAAAAGUGGCGAUGAAAGAGUGUUUAGGUAAAACGCAAACGGAAAUGAUCAUGAAUGACACCAGGAGUUUGCUGGAUCCAUCAUACAGGUGUACUAGGAUAAAGUUGGAGAAGUGUCGAGUGAUGGACAGUAAAAUGCGACCCCUAUGGAUCGUUUUUGAAAAUUCGGACACUUACGGUGAUGACGUAUACAUAAUCUUCAAGAACGGUGACGAUCUCAGACAGGACAUGCUUACAUUGCAAAUGAUCAAAAUCAUGGAUAGGUUGUGGAAAAGAGAAGGUUUAGACUUAAGAAUGAAUCCAUAUGGCUGCAUAUCGUUAGAAAACCGCGUCGGCAUGAUUGAAGUAGUGCUAAAUGCGGAUACGAUCGCCAAUAUACAAAAAGAAAAAGGUACUUUCACAGCGACAGCAGCGUUCAGGAAAGGGCCUAUUUUAGCCUGGCUUAAAGACUACAACACAACCGAAGCAGCAUUGAACAAGGCAGUAAAUGAAUUCACGCUGUCUUGUGCUGGAUACUGUGUUGCUACAUACGUCUUAGGCAUUGCAGAUAGACAUUCUGACAAUAUAAUGGUUAAGAAAAAUGGACAGCUUUUCCACAUCGAUUUCGGCCACAUUUUGGGUCAUUUCAAAGAAAAGUUUGGCUUUAAAAGAGAACGAGUACCAUUUGUUCUAACCCACGAUUUCGUGUAUGUUAUCAAUAAAGGCCAAAACUCGAAGGCGUUAGAAUUUAAAAUUUUCCAAGGUUAUUGUGAAAAGGCUUUCAUGAUACUAAGGAAACAUGGCAAUCUGAUAAUCUCAUUGUUUGCCAUGAUGAUAUCGACGGGGCUUCCAGAACUUAGUUCAGAAAAAGAUCUGAAUUAUCUCAGGGAAACUUUGGUGAUGAACAAAACGGAAGACGAAGCAUUGGCCCAUUUUCGUGCCAAAUUUGACGAAGCCCUGUCGAAUUCCUGGAAGACCUCGUUGAACUGGGCCUCGCACAAUAUAGCCAAAAACAACAAGGCAUAGCGAAGGCCUCACGGCCACAACAGUGGUCCUAGGGGCGGGCCCCGAAGCCGACGGAAGAGUGCCAAUAAUUAGGAUGUAAGAACCCCGGGAUGUUCUAUCGAAGAAAGUAAAUAAGGUUUUUUGUCUGGAUACUCAGUAUUGAUUGUAGCAAGGUGAUGGCCGUACUUGAUCUGGCUAAUUUUUGGAACUAACAGUUCUGCCAUGGUUAAUCAAAAUGCUGUAUCUACUGAAAUCUUGUUCGGAAAAAUCUAAUUGUGUGCCUAACUGGUACAAUAUGACAAAAACAAACAUGCUAAAGCUUAUUGUUGUAAAAGGACUAUUUUCAGAAAUCAUGGCAGUUAUGAAUGGUACCAACGUUUUUGCUACCCAGAUGCCUUUAUAAAUCUAUAAUGGGUAUGGCGAAAGUACAUGCUUUCUACAGAUACAGUACCGAGCAAAAGUGGAGAAACAUUUUAUUUUUUUAAAUAUUUUUUUUAAACUAUCAAAGUAAACUAAAAACUUAUGUUUUAUUACAACUUAAUGUAACAUGUAAUUCAAAGCUAACAUGAAAAUAAAAUUUCUGCUUUAAUAAAACUAUUAGAAAAUACAGCGAGCAAAAAUAGAGAAACAUAACAUAUAAAGCAAUUGUCGUGUACAAAGAAGUUAAUACUUGGUUGCAUAACCUUUAUUUUUGAUAACUGCUCUCUAUUGUUUCUUUUGGAAUAGAAUUCCAGGCGAC